GCAAUUAAAUUUUCGAACGAUUUCAUUAACGGUAUACAAACUUUAUUUUAUUUAGAUAAUUGUAUUUAUUACCAUGCGAUAGUUGUUGGCACGCGCCCAGACAGUUUUUAUAGUGGUUAUACACGCAUUAGAUGACAUAUUUUGUUUGCUUUAACAUUUUUCUUUUCCCCGCUGAACACUUUAAACAUAGCAAUAACUAAUAGCCAUAGCAGACUAAUAUUAUAUGGUGGGCGAUAAAAAUAUUUUUUAAUUUACGUGCUUUAAGAUACAAUAAUUAUUGUUGUUUUACAGGGAUCAGCAAGCUCAGUAUAAUAAAGUCGUUAAAGAACUAUUUCAGACUUGUGAGUUAUUAAGUUCCCAACUAAGAAACAUGUUAUUUUUUAACGACAGAAACUCAAGGAUCGCCGAAAUGACAGCUGAGAUCGCCCAGUCGUCAAAACAGUUAAAAGAAAAAAAUGAAAAAAUCUGCGCGGAAUUAGACUUGGCGAUUAAAAAUCGCAUGAUACGCAAGUGGUCUAUAUUAAAAACUUCAACUGACAAACAAUCACUUGAGUCAUUUUUGAGCGAAUUAACCGGCAUGAAAACAGUGAUGAUGUUGAGGCAUCAACAGGUGAUUGGCGUUCUGGAAAAAAUGCAACGACGCGUUCACUCGUCCAAAAUGCCGUGCAGCAGCUUGGUGGACUGCAACGACGGUUUCGACAUUUCCGCGAUCGGGUCACAGCGUUUCAACUAUCUGCUCCGGGGCGACGAUGUUGACGCCGACGUCGUUGCCGCCGCUACCACCUCAAAGGUCGUAAGCGAAGGAGACGGCUGGGACACGCUAGGCGAAAGCAGCUCUCGCGGGACGUUUCAAGACGCGAUGAGUGUUAUUAUUGUGUAAGCAUUUUUAUACGUUUUAUAAUUCAUGUUUUUUUAUAUAUAAAU